CUUCAAAACAGAGAGAGAUUCUAGAGAGAGAUUUUAGAGAGAGAAAGAAAGUGUUUUUUUUGAGAGAGAAACUAGAGAGAGAAAGAAAAAAGAGUGUGAGAGUGUAGCUUUCUGAAAUGGCCACCAUGCCGUUGGGGCCACAUCACCACCAUCAACCACCGCAACAAGCACCACUACCGUUACCACCGCCGUUACAGUUACAACAACCACAAACCGUGAAUGAGACGGUGAAAACAACGGCGGCUAACGGCGGCUCCGGUAUGGACACUGAUAAGGAAAUGUCAGCUAGUGUCGUUGACAGUAAUGAUGCAGUCACCGGUCACAUAAUCUCAACCACCAUUGGAGGCAAAAAUGGUGAACCGAAACGGACAAUCAGUUACAUGGCCGAACGUGUUGUUGGCACGGGAUCAUUCGGAAUUGUUUUCCAGGCAAAGUGCUUGGAGACUGGUGAGGCGGUGGCUAUAAAGAAGGUUUUGCAAGACAAGCGGUACAAAAAUCGUGAACUGCAGUUAAUGCGCGUGAUGGAUCACCCAAAUGUAAUUUCCUUGAAGCACUGUUUCUUCUCUACAACAAGCAGAGACGAACUUUUUCUGAACUUGGUCAUGGAGUAUGUCCCUGAGACGAUGUACCGAGUUCUAAAACACUAUAAUAAUAUCAACCAGAGAAUGCCCCUGAUCUAUGUGAAAUUAUAUACAUACCAAAUCUUCAGGGGACUAGCAUAUAUCCAUACUGUGCCAGGAGUUUGCCAUAGGGACGUGAAACCCCAAAAUCUUUUGGUUGAUCCUCUCACUCACCAAGUUAAGCUUUGCGAUUUUGGGAGCGCGAAAGUUCUGGUCAAGGGUGAAGCGAACAUUUCAUACAUAUGUUCACGGUACUAUCGGGCCCCAGAACUAAUAUUUGGUGCGACAGAAUACACAACUUCUAUUGAUAUCUGGUCAGCUGGUUGUGUCCUUGCAGAACUUCUUCUAGGCCAGCCAUUGUUCCCAGGAGAGAAUCAGGUGGACCAACUUGUGGAAAUUAUUAAGGUUCUUGGUACUCCAACUCGAGAAGAAAUUCGUUGUAUGAACCCUAAUUAUACCGAUUUUAGAUUCCCUCAGAUUAAAGCUCAUCCUUGGCAUAAGGUUUUUCACAAGCGAAUGCCCCCUGAAGCUAUUGACCUUGCAUCAAGGCUUCUUCAAUAUUCACCAAGUCUUCGUUGCAGUGCUCUGGAAGCAUGUGCACAUCCUUUCUUUGAUGAGCUCCGAGAGCCCAAUGCCCGGCUUCCUAAUGGCCGUCCUCUGCCUCCGCUUUUCAACUUUAAACAGGAAUUAUCUGGAGCAUCCCCCGAACUGAUCAACAAACUCAUCCCAGAGCAUGUCAGGCGGCAGACUGGUCUUGGCUUCCCAUAUCCCGGCUAGCACAUAAUGUAAAGAGAUAAUGAAAGAAUGAGUCAACCCUUCUAGUUAUUAAUGUUAAACACAGGUCCCCUUUAUGGUCAAUAGAUUAGGAUUCAGGCCUUAUAUAUGAAGUUUUCCUCCAAACCCCAAUCACCCUGUCCCUGAAGAUGUAUGUAUACAACAUGUACUGGCUGCUCAAUGUAACAUGAAAAAUCUUGAAUCUGUCUAAAUAUCUCAUUCUGGUCAUAGCAUGCAUACACCUUGCAUUUAUUCAUUGUUUUCUGUAGAUUUCCAUUAAAUAGGACAGUCGAAAUUAUACUGUUUUCCACAUUGGUAGGGGUAUGGCUAGCUGUAGUUCAUAAAAAAUUAUGGGUCACCUUGGUAGUAUUUUGGCUUACUUUUUAUAUGAUCAGAUUAAUUUUUGUUUGUA